AUGCAAAGACGGAGAAAUAAAGUUAAAGAUAAGCCGCCCCCGGACCCACACCGAGAGUACUUGGACGCCGAGUCCAGCGAUGAAGCGGAAAGGCGCGACAAAGAGGAGGAAUACGAAAAGACCGCGGCGAUCGGGCCGAGAUCGAGAUACAGCGCGGAUGAACUGAACGAAUUGGUUCGAAGUGUCAAGGAUAUGACGACCCUGAGCGGCCUGCGGGACCUCGACUGGUCGCCUCAGUGCGACGCGUACACCCGCGAGUUCUUCCGGAACCCGAGCUUGCCGAUCCUCUGCAUCUAUCAUUCGUGCGGCAACCUCACCGCGGAGCAUUCGUUCCCGACGCCGAGCGUGCGCGAGCUCAACUACUUCGCGAGGCAACGCAACGAGGUCUUCCAGCCGGAGGACUUUCGCGAGCGCGUUCUCUUCGGCUCGGUCAACGACAACGCCGAGAGUCAUACGCUGGCCAUCAUUCGGAACGUGCUCGCGCCGAUCUUCUUCACCAUCGACACUUGGCCCGACAAUCGAUCGAUCGUAGCUUGUAGCUUCAAUCGACAGCCCUGA